CAGAAGAAGCCUCUGCUCAGCCUAGUCUGUAGUUUCCCUGGAGAGAGGCAAGAGCAGCAUCCCGAGUGGUCUCAGCCUGCCCAGCAUCUUCUCCAGCAUCCCGAGCGGGGAUUGCAGGUGAGAGGGAGACUUGAAACCAUCAUGGCUUACCUUGGAAUGCUUUCUUUGCUGGCCGUGCAAAGUGUGGUGACAGGAGCAACGUUCCCAGCUGAAACCAUAGCUGAGUGGUCAGUGAACAUGUAUAACCACCUUCGAGGCACCGGGGAAGAUGAUAACAUUCUCUUCUCUCCACUAAGCAUUGCCCUUGCGAUGGGAAUGAUGGAGCUUGGGGCUCAAGGAUCUACUCGGAAAGAAAUCCGCCAUUCAAUGGGAUAUGAGGGCCUGAGAGGUGGUGAAGAAUUUUCUUUCCUGAGGGAUUUUUCUAGUAUGGCCUCUGCCGAAGAAAGCCAAUAUGUGAUGAAAAUUGCCAAUUCGCUCUUUGUGCAAAAUGGAUUUCAUGUCAAUGAGGAAUUCUUGCAAAUGUUGAAAAUGUACUUUAACGCAGAAGUCAAUCAUGUGGACUUCAGUCAAAAUGUGGCUGUGGCUAACUACAUCAAUAAAUGGGUGGAGAAUUAUACAAACAGUUUGUUGAAAGAUCUGGUGUCUCCGGGGGACUUUGAUGCUGUCACUCAUUUGGCCCUCAUCAAUGCUGUAUAUUUCAAAGGGAACUGGAAGUCUCAGUUUAGACCUGAAAAUACCAGAACUUUCUCCUUCACAAAAGAUGAUGAAAGUGAAGUACAGAUUCCAAUGAUGUAUCAACAAGGAGAAUUUUAUUAUGGGGAAUUUAGUGAUGGAUCCAAUGAAGCUGGCGGCAUCUACCAAGUCCUUGAGAUACCCUAUGAGGGAGACGAGAUCAGCAUGAUGCUGGCACUGUCCAGACAGGAAGUCCCACUGGCCACACUGGAGCCUCUACUCAAAGCACAACUGAUCGAAGAAUGGGCAAACUCUGUAAAGAAACAAAAGGUGGAAGUGUACUUGCCCAGGUUCACUGUGGAACAUGAAAUUGAUUUAAAAGACAUCUUGAAAGCCCUUGGGGUCACUGAAAUUUUCAUCAAAGAUGCAAAUUUGACUGCCAUGUCAGAUAAGAAAGAGCUGUUCCUCUCCAAAGCUCUUCACAAGUCCUGCAUUGAGGUUAAUGAAGAAGGGUCAGAAGCCGCUGCAGCCUCCGGAAUGAUUGCAAUUAGUAGGAUGGCUGUGCUGUACCCUCAGGUUAUUGUCGACCAUCCAUUUCUCUUUCUUAUCAGGAACAGGAAAUCUGGCACAAUCUUGUUCAUGGGAAGAGUCAUGAACCCCGAAACAAUGAAUACAAGUGGCCAUGACUUUGAGGAGCUUUAAAUGAUGACGUUUGAGUACAAAGAAAGCAGGAACAAAGCACAUUAUGUUUGCAAGUGGUAUAUAUUUAGGACUUCUGUUUUAUAGUGUUACUUAAGGAAAUAUUUAAAUAGUUCUGGAUAGUAGUAAUACAUGUGAUCUAUAAGUUAGCCUAUCAAAAAAUGUUAUCACUAUAAAGAGUAUGGUCCCAUUGUGUCCUUGUGUCUGGUAUGCUGCUGUUUAAAAUAAAAGUACAUAUUGAAAAUGUGAAAAACUUUUUUCAUUUUGGAAGUAGUUGUAGUCUACACAAUACUGUACCUGAGAUUUGAAACUUAUGCUGUUUCUUUAGGAAUUGUAGUAAAAUGAUCCUACAAGGCAAAAUGUAGAAACUGUUGUUUCUGAGUUUCUUCAUAAUCAGGCAGAGUCAAACACCAAAGUAAGCAACAUACAUGUAUAUAAUAAGCAAUACUGUGAAGGGGAGGCCAAUAGGCCACAGAAAUUGAGAUUGUUAUUUACUGUGGCAUUCCAUGACAAAAGAUUUAGGAGAAAGAGUGGGAUAUGUAAGGCCCAUAGAUGUAUAUUUUGUAUAUACUGUAGUGUUAUACUUUUAAUUUAUUAAAGUAUAACUCUUUUUUUUUAUUUUUAAAAGUUUCCUGUGAUCCAGUAUGCCACAUGACUCUACUAGCAAGCUCAGAUAUCUCAUUAGCUAUUCUGGAUGACAUCAAGAGGCCCCAUGGAUGGAAUCACAUGUACCAUUUAAGUUUUAGUGAUUUUUUUUUGAUGUUCACACAAAGAUAAAAUCACACUGUUGCACAUUCUUUAGACUAUACCCAAGAAAGGCAUCAAGUGGUACAUUGGUGUACCAGGAAAAUAGAUGUAAUUACUUUAUAAAAAAGUUCCUGGUGUUGUGUAUCAUAUUGAAUCAGUGCUUCUUAAACUUAGUAUGUCCUGCUGACACCUGGUCACUUAUUACAAAUAUAGGUUCUUAUCCAGGAUGUCUAAAGUAGAGUGGGGACCACAGCUUUCUAUCAUUUCUGACAUCCAAAUGAUGCCACAGAUAUUUGACCAUAGCCUGUGCUGCUAGUCACUCGGGUUGCAAAGUUUUACUUGAAGUCAGCCUCACAUUUUCACAGCCUGAGAUUAGAGAGGUCAGGGUUCAGGGAGGAGAUGAUCUACAUUAAUAAUACAAUGCCUUUGUCAGGCACUGGUGUGAUUCCAAAGUAUUUCUAGUACAUACUAUAGACAAAUGUAAGAUUCUUCUGUACAUUACAGCACUUGAAAUACAGUCAUUUAAAAUAUGGAGACAUUUAUAGGCAAUACCCAUGAAAGAAUUUAUGAAUAUCGAAGGACACAGUACUUAACAAUGAAUCUUUUACAGCUUAUAUUUUCAGAGGACUUGUAGUUUAUUCAUAAAUCUUCAUGUUAUUGUACAGUAGUGCUCUUGUUUUCAUUUAUAAUUUAUGAAGCUGGGAUGCCUGUUGUUAAUUCAGUGUUCACAUUCUCUGCUAAGAACAGUCUUUAUCUCUGUAUCCUUCUUGUUAAUAUGACAUAUAUAGCUAUAUCUAUGUGUUCAUUAGUUUAAAAAAUGUAUGGCCUGUAAGGAAGAAUAAACAUCAUUAUGCAAUCAUGUGA